GGAAGAGACGGCUUCUGUAUCCAGUUUGUUGUGCGUCAGCAGAGUUUUUUGAGAUUAUUUCCAAACUAGUAAACCAUAGCGUUUCCCAGUUUUAAGUGAUGGUCUGAAGCGUUUGUGUGGCUCUACUGUCAUCAUGAGCUCCUCCAUUUGCCUGCACGUGGAGCUUGCGGCGGUCAUCCAGAGACUGGUGCACGCGGCUGUGACGGAGCUCCACAGACUCAUAGAGCGCGAGGAGGAGAUGCAGUUUGCCUCAGUGAUGGAGACUCUGGGCAGUGAGGCUUUGGGCAAAAUCCUCAGCAUUUUGGACACGGUCGCAGUUGAACUGAAACUGGACAAAAUGAACAAUCCACAUACAACACCACCCCAUGUUCUCUACAUCCUUCAGGGCUCCAGGGUGGGGGUUGAACAUUCGUAUGGCGCAAGUCACAACACGAGCAGGGGCCAGCCUGUUAUUGAAGACCACUGCUAUGGAACAAAUGACAUGAUAUCUGACAAAGAUCUGCCCUCUCAAGAGCAUCAGCUAUCAGAGGAAGAGGACUGUGCCAAUAUAGAGUUUAUUCCUGGCAUCAGUGUUGAAGACAAAUGGAAAAAUAUCAGCCUCAAUGCUGUUGGUAAAAAGAGGCGGCACUCAAACAAGACAAAGUUCAGCAAGUCCAAUAUUAAACCUCAGGACACACAUUCUGUUAGAGAUUUGGAUAUGUCUAAAUUCCCCAAUGAAGACCGAUCAAGAGAGGAGGAGAAGGAGGUGGAGCCAAUCAAUGUCAUCACCAAAAUCAAAUUUGAAAAUGAGGAUUCUAGUUUAGAAAGAGCUGGAGAGGUGCACGACUCUGUGAGCUCAAGCCCUGAAACCUUUACUUUAGCACAUAGUCCCUCACCCUUUGUACUCAAGACAUGGUGUUUCAACUGCACCAUCUGUGACAUAGAUUUCAGCAGUGAGUUUGCUUUCAGAGUGCAUAUGUCUUCUCACACUGUGGACAAGCCCUUUAAAUGUCCCAUAUGUGACAGCAGUUUCAGUAAGGCUAACUCCUUGAAGAUGCACAUAUACAAGCACACAAAAGACUAUCCCUUUAUGUGCCCAGAGUGUGGAAAGGGCUAUGCAGACAAAGACAAGCUGAAGGGGCAUAUGAGCGUCCACACCGGGCAGAAGCCUUUUGCCUGUAAGGUCUGUGGAAGCACUUUCACAGCCAAGACCAACUUGCACCGCCACAUGCGCUCACACACUGGCACCAAGCCCUACAUAUGUGCAGAGUGUGGGAGGGGCUUCACACGCUCUCGGACUCUCAAAGAUCACAUGACUGUUCACUCUGGGGUUCGCCCAUUCAAAUGUUCUUUCUGCGACCGCUCCUUCAAUCAUAAAGUCAAUCUGUUAGUCCAUGAGCGCAUCCACACAGGUGAGCGCCCCUAUGUCUGCUCACUGUGCUCCAAAGCCUUCCGCACCACAGUAGCUCUGCAUGUUCACCAGCGUGUGCACACAGGGGAAAAGCCUUAUAUUUGUGACGUGUGUGGCCGAGCCUUCAGCCAGCAGAGCAGUCUAUGUGUCCACAGACGCGUGCAUUUAAACGAACGCAGCUACGUCUGCCACACCUGCAACAAGAGCUUCAACAACCCUCAGAACCUGAAGCUGCACCUGCGAGUGCACAGUGGAGAGAGGCCUUAUGUAUGCGAGCUGUGUGACAAAACCUUUGUCCAGAACGCACACUUACGCACACACAAGUUACACAUGCACUCAGGAGUCAAGCAGUGCAUGUGUGAACACUGUGGUAAAGUCUAUGCUGACAGGCGCACACUUCGAGUGCACAAGUGUGUGUACAAAUGAGAUACUAAACAUCUAAUAAAGUUAUGUAGAGGAAACC